CUCCUAUCCGUCCCUUGAUUUUGAUUCUCAAGACCCGUUGCAGCUUUCAUUUCUUUAUCUUUGCGCAGACGCCGUGUAUCAUAGUUAGAUAGUAUCAAGGAUCGUAAUGGUCACACCCACUGAGCUCUUCUUUCGCAAUGAAAAAUGCAUCAUGAAAAGGAACCAAAACACAAUUAGUCUUCUGCAAUUCAUUUUUUUUUUGAUUUGAAAGUACUACUUUCUAGACAUACCAAUGGAAUACAGUUUUUAUUUUCCAAGAAAAUCCCACUACAAGAACAGCUGGCAUAAAACAACAAAACCGACCUGAGAGAAGACACAGCAUGGCGAGCCUCGGUUUCCCUGCAGCGGAGGGCGCAGAUGGCCUGCCUGCCGCCCAGGAUCUUCACACCAUGCAACACAACGGCGCUGCUUUAGCUUCACAGUCCACCACGACGACCCGAGAUCAGGUACUACAAAACGCACGAGUGAUGUCUUCCACCUCUGAUCAUUGCGGCAACUACGACAAGCCGGGCGGGAAAAACAGAAAGCGAAAGGUUCUGUUGACGGCUUUCGGGCCGUUUGGCGAGGUGAGUCAGAACCCCACUGAGGUCCUGUUACGGGAAUUCGUUCGCGUGUUUUCCACCGGGGGGAGUGAAAAAACCAAGUGGUUCCGGUCCAAGAUGGACCUCACCGCUGUGAUCGUGGAAGUGUCCUGCAACAGUGUGCACGACGUGCUGGCAACGCACAGAAGCAGCGGCCAGAGGAUCUUCUUUUCAUCUGGGCCGACGAAAAUAAAACCUGACGGAGAUCUUCACAUCAAAGAAGCAGAAGCGAAUAUAACUGCCGAUAAUGAAGAUUUAUUUGAUGGCUCAGCAGCACACAGAACAGCAGAGCUGGACGCAAAAAUUCGAGACAAGUCGGGUCACGUGAGAAUACCUCCGGUCCUCGGAGCAGCAGGUGGCCCGCCGUCCUCCGCUGUGCCUUACGACGACCCUUUGAAUGCGUGUCGGAUCGGCCUGCUGCAGUUGUUUCCCCCGCCGGAGGAGGCAAAACCUACACAAACCGGCUCAUUUAAGCCGGAAGAUGCUUUUGAACGGAUGAACGCGGGCAGCGAAGACGUCAUGCAGGACGUGCACGGUAGCGUCAAUGAUUCGUUUGAGCAGAUGAACGCGAGCGACGUGAUGCAGGACGUGGAGGACGUAAGUGACUGUGAUGCGCCGGCCCAUUUAGUUCACCCGCGCGAAGCAGGUGCUCCGACGAGAAAAAGCGACGACGGCGGGGAACUGGAUGCUGUAGACAACGAGCAGACUGAAGAAGAUGAAAGCGAUAGUACUAGCGAGCUCGCCAUCCACUUUGGCGUUUAUGCUAGUUCGAAGGAGUAUUCGCUCGAGUGCCGAGGGCUGAAUUUCGUCGACCUGCAGAGCAAUCCGGACGUGCAGAACUUUCGUAAACGAGGGAAAAUUGUUGAAAAAAAUGUUGAUGCUGACGGAGGAGGAGGACGUCGAAAAGGUGGACAUAUUGAAAGUAGGAAGUCGAAAAGGAUAUUAGUAAAUGCAGCGACCCAAAAAUCUACUACUUCGACUUCCAUCCCUGCGCCGCGCGAGAUCUACACACAGCUUCCGCUUACCCAGCUCCUCUCCAAGCUCCACGAUCGAAACCUUACGCAUUGCAAAUAUGUCUGGGUCUGGAUCGGGAAGAAUACAAGUUUGAUGUCCUGCUCGGCCAGCAUGAUUCUCAAGUCUGUCAUGGUUUUUACCCAACCACCUCGUUUUGUUAUUCUUCGGAAAUAACGCAUGGCAGACUGAGUUUUUUGCUAUGCAGAACAGGCAACAGACUCAAAAACUUGUCAUGCUUGGCCGUGUCUAUAUGAAAACCCGUAUCUUCACAAGUUUAUUCCAGACCCAGAUCGAUAUUUGCAGUGGAUAGGCCUGCGACAGGUGCAUAUCAGCACACACGCGGGCACGUAUUUGUGCAACUACCUGUACUAUCAAAUGCAAAAAUGUCUGGGUCUGGAAGAUUGCCAGGUUUGUCAUGCACGCCUUACACGUCCCGUGACGUCUGUGAUGUAUGUCCUAGCAUCACAGAUUUUCUGAGUGCUUCUUGAUGCCUUCCCUGCAUGAGAAAUGCCCUGCGCAAGUGGCAAAAACUGGACUCCUAUUGCUGGUCAUGCAACACAUAUUUGUUUAGAAUCUAAAAAUAGCAUGACAAGUUUGGAUCCUCCCAGACCCAGACAUAUUUGCAAAGCAUAUGUACUUUCAAAGUCUGCGCUGUAGCGGCCAGACCCUGUUUGUGCACGUUCCGACCUUCCAAGACCUGCCUCUGCACAUCCAGCAGAACUACUUUGCCGCGAUUCUGGAGGAAUUGCUCCUGCUGCUGGACGAGCAGGCGGACGAGGGAAAUCUGUCAUGAAAGGAACGCACAGUAGUAACUAAGGCUCGUUGAAGUUGAACAAGCGAGGGCGAGUUGCGUCGCUCCGCUUCGAAGCGCGGGAAGAUUUUGGUUUCGUACAACUUGUCCCACUCGGAUCUAUUACUUCCUUCGAGCAACGUCAAAAAGAAUCAAUAAUGAAUGGCACCAAAUGUCAACGUUCGCGGCGAAAUAUUUUUUGCCAACUUGUAGAAAAAUGUCGAUAAUGAAUUUUCAUUUUGCGGAUCACGAAACGCAGGCACAUCGAGGUGAGAAUCCAUGUGCCACCUUUCUAGUAAGUAAUCGGUUCAGGAGCUUCAGAUGGCAAGAACUCCCUUGCUGAUGAUGUUCAACACUUCUCAAUGACUUGGUAUAAUAAUCUGUUGCGAGGAACACGAACAGGAACUCGAACUCAACAUCUGGCCGCAAGCAGCCUACACAAGAUCUUCCCUUUUCUAGAUCGGAUCAUAACUUGUCUGUUCUGGUGCGGAAGAGGAUCUCACUUUUCAGUAUGCUUAGUAUUAAACCAUUGCUGUUGGAGUCUUCGGCCGGCUCGGGGACGAGCUAAAGAUCUACAUUAGUUUACUUCCCUACCAUCUACCGCAAGAUAGGACAAGGAACACGGCUCAAUGUUAUCCACUAUUUGGGCUCGAUCUCCUGCUUUGUACUUGUAGAUGUCCGUACUGAAAGUGACGAUGAGGUUUUUUAUUUUACCAGAGGUCCUGCUUUUAUUUUACCAGAGGUAACAGCACAGGCUUUCUUUUGUCGUUUUUUCAUAUGAUUGGUCGUUUGAAUUAUUGAAACUUGACAGCGAACGGGAAGGUGCAAGAAUUUGUUCGCACAAAAUCAUGAAGAAUAGACAGUCGCGGCGCUAGAAGAGUUUUUCCGACGCUUGAUCGAUAUUAUCCUACAAUCCCUGCACUUGCUGCACCUUAUGCAACCAGAAAAUUUAUUAGCACUAGAAUCUUGAUU